UCUGGUCCAGAGGCCGCCCGGCCCGGGGAGGGGCAGUGCCCGGCGCCAUGGGCGGGGUAGCGCUGCUGCUGCCGCUGCUGCUGCUGCUGCCCCGGAGCGCCCGCGGGGCCGCGGUGUGCGGGACCUGCCCGGGGCCGCCGCGGAACGGCUCCAUCGUGUCCCGGUUCUGUGAGUCCCGGCGCGACACCGAGAGCGACGGGCGCUGCUGCCGGGAGCGGGGCCCCUCUCCGGGGCGGCUGCUGGGGUACGGGGGGAACGGGGACUACGAUGGGGACCGAGGAAGGCUGGUGCUGAGCUCUGUCCCCAGCGCGGUGCCGCCGGUGCUGGAGUGUCCGGGCGGGAGUGACGCCUGGCAGGAAGUGACGGUGGACGGGAGCGGCCGGCGGUGCCAGGGCCAGAGGAACCCCUGCAAUGGCUCCAUGGAGCUCGCCUGGCCGUGUCCCGAAAACUCUGUGUGUGCCCCCGAUGGCCCCGGCCUCGUCCAGUGCCUCUGUGAAAGCCCCUUCCAUGGCUACAAGUGCCUGCGCGAGGGCACGUUCCCGGUGCUGCUCUUCGGCGGGAUCCUGGGCACUGCCACCGUAUCCGUGUCCCUGCUGCUGUGGGGCACCCAGCGGAGGAAGGCCAAAACCCUCUGAGUGGUGUGGGGGGCUGCGGAUGGGCAAGGGACCCCCUGGCCUGGGGGUCUCUGUGCCCAGGCCCGACUGUCUCUGCGGCUGCUAGGGAUCAAUAAAGCCACAGGUUCUCACCGUG